AUGGCUUCUGUAGUUGAUCGCCCGCCCUGGCAUGAAUCCAAAUUGAUUAUGUUGGAUGUGCCUAUAUAUGGGAGAAUUGCCACACUUGAGCUUUUCCGUCCUAACGGUGACACACAAGAUCUUCUCUUCAUCACAACUGAGCGGCAUGGAUAUUGUGUCCUUCAGUGGGAUGCUAAGGCACAUGAAGUUAUCACAAGGUCAGUAUGCAAAACUGCAUUUCGUGCUUGUGGGUUGCAUCUUCUCAAACUCAGAACUUCUCCUCUUUGUGGUGUUCUCACUGCUUUUAUUUGUAGAACAAAGGGAGAUGUCUCAGAUCAAACAGGCUAUCCCACGGAUAAUGGUCAGAUUGGUUUAAUUGACCCGGACUGCAGAUUGAUUGGACUGCAUCUCUAUGAUGGUCUGUUUAAGGUUAUUCCCUUUGGUGAGGAAGGCAAACUGAAGGAAGCUUUUAGCAUCUGGUUUAAGCCUCAAGCUUUGGAUCUAAAAUUCUUGUAUGGUUGCCAAAACCCUACAAUUGUUGUUCUAUAUCAGGAUAACAAUGAUGCCCGACAUGUCAAAACAUAUGAGGUGCCCUUAGAGGAUGACCGCCUUACUGAACGCAGAAAAUAUCUUUGGGCUCUGAACAAUCUUGAUAAUGGAGCUUCUUUGCUAAUACCAGUACCUCAGCCAGUGUUUGGUGUACUGAUUAUUGGAGAAAAAGCCAUUGUUUACUGUGACGCUUCAGCUGUUAAUGAUACUUACCCAAUUGGACGUGGCUUACAUUCUAUAAGAGCAUAUGCGCAAGUUGAUGCUUAUCGAUAUUUGCUUGGGGAUCGUAUUGGGGGUCUUCAUCUACUAGUAAUCACUCAUGAAAAGAAGAAAGUUGCUGGAGUCACAAUCAAUCAUUUGCAAGAAACUUCUAUUGCAUCAACCAUUUCAUAUCUAGGUGGCCAUUUUGUCUAUAUUGGCUCAAGCUAUGGAGAUUCACAGCUGGUAAAGCUCAAUCUCCAGCACGAUGUUGGAGGCUCUCCUAUGGAAGUUGUAAAGAGUUUUGUCAAUUUGGGACCUAUUGGGGACUUCUGUGUUGUUGACCUGGAGAAGCAAGGUCAAAGUCAGGUUGUGGCUUGCUCCGGAGCCUAUAAGGAUGGCUCGCUUCGUAUUGUUCGGAGUGCAAUUGGAUUACAUGAACAGGUCUUGUCAUCUAAGUUGUUUUCAGCUAAUGUUUUAUUAUUUAUUCGAAGUGCUACAAUAGCUCAAUCUAUAUGCCAAUGCUCAAUCUAUUCGAAGUGCUACGGAAUGUGGUCCCUUCGUUCAGCUACUGAUCAUUCAUUCUUAGUUGUUAGCUUCAUUCGUGCGACACGUUUUUUUGAAAUGGACCGUGAGUAUGUGCUGAAAGAAACUCCGAUAGAGGGUUUCAAUUCUGAAGACCAGACCUUGUUUUGUCAUGAUGCUGUAUGGAAUCAGCUUGUACAGGGUAAAACAUUUGCAUUGACCGUCUCCAACAAGCAAAUUUCUGGCUGAAAAUCUAUUAAAUAAUAUCUGUAUUUAAUAGACAGUUGCGCAUAAAUUGCCAUGCAGGUUACUCCAAACUCUGUAAGAUUGGUCAACUCUACAUCUAGAGAUCUGAAAGACGAGUGGUUUGCUCCAGAUAGCUGCUCGUUGACUAUUGCAACUGCUAACGCCACUCAGGUUUACUCUUGCAUUUAUCCAUGGCUUAAAGUGACAGCUUGUAUGCGUGACUGAACAGAAGAAUACUUUCCCAGAUAUUAUUGAUUUUCGCGAUUAGUUUAAUUACAAUAACCAUUACGUUGACUUAGAAAAGAAAGCUAUACUUCGAUUUUUACAGCACUGAUUCUUUAGUUGUGCUCAUAGAACUUAUACAAAAUGCAUAACUUAUUUCAAACUGGAGCUCAUCAGUUAAACUGUACUGUCCUCUUUAGGUUGUAAUAAUUGAUUCUUUAUUUUGACUCUGGAAAAUCCAAUUUCCUUGACCAUUCUUUUUCUCCAUCAUAUUUGCGACCUCCCUAUCCAUAGCGAUAUACUAAUGCAUCAGUAAAAUCAGCUCUUUUUACCUUCUAAUGGUUUGUUUUACCAUAAAAGAUCUUGUUUCCAACUAGGCUGCACUGUCUUUGACAAAAAAUAUGGCUGUCUCCACUGAAAAUGAAUCUCUGUUUGUGAUCGACAAACAAGGAGAAAAAGCUGAGUGACAGCAUCAGAGUGUUGGAUACCGACAUGGAAAUGAGACGAGGAAGUUUUGAAUAAGAACAAUACAACACAAAUGUCUCUUUGUAUAUGAAAAAUUCAGAUUAGUAGACAAAGAACAUGCUUUGUGUGAACUCGUAAUGAACAACGUGCAACAUACAUCAUCAGUUUCAUCGGCUCAUUUUAAUAAUUAUGUGAAAACUUUCAUUAAACUGUACUUAGAAAGGUUCUCAUACCAAUCAGAAAAUUUGUGCUAAAAAAGAUGUACAGCAAAAGGAUUCAGAUUCCUCCUAAUUGUGUAUAGAAUCUAUGAAGUCCACAAAGAGUUACAAUAAGAUAAUAGUCAUGACACAAAACUUAAGUUUUGUGCAUCUUAUUAAAAAAAACUAAACCUCGGUGGAACAUGUACGUUUGGGGAAAAUGGGUGAGCUAUGGUCUUCAAAACACUUGCUAUAUCUGUCCUUCCAAGCUAUGCCAGGUCCAAGGUGGUAUCUUCUUCAAUCAGUAUCAUAGAUUAUAAGAUAAAAGAAUAGAUUCAAGUUAGAGAACAUAGUAACAAAGAUAAAAAGCAUCCAUAAGUUGUUCCACACAAUAGAUGGAUUACAAAAAUGCAAUAUUUAGUCCGAGUAUAUGAGCAAAUUCGUCAUGCUCUUUUGUUGAUCUGGGGUCUUUGUCAAGUAAAAGGGGACUGGUCAUUCUGUCUUUUACAAAUUUCAUUUACUAUAGAAGGAAUUUAUAUUUUUGUUUCAAAGACUUUGUUUUGUAUGCUAUGAAUUAUUGUAUAAAGCAAAUGGGUGACAGUUUUCCUGAUUCAAAAAAUUAAAGAUAAAGUAGGACCUGCAUAAUCUUACCUAAUACAGACUAUUUGAGUCUGUGGAACAAGAAUGAGUUCAUGAUUUGCUUCAUAAGAUAAAAAUAUAAUUUGCAAGAGACGGUCUUUAGAUCUCACAAUUAUAUCAUUAUGAAAGCUUGAGUAAAUGAGCACUAGUUUUUGAAGUGAUGUAGAAUAUGAAAGACUUAAAUAGUAAAAUUACUUUAAAAGGUAGUUGGAAUUGCCUUUUUUUCUCGAUUUAUUUAGUAACAGAAAUAGCUAAAUAAUGUGUAAAACAAAAGGAUAUUAAUUAGAUUACUCAAUUUAGAACCAAUUCAGGAUUCACCGGGGCAUGUUCUAGUUGUUGUGACGCCUUUGGAUGUUAUCGAAAGCUAUAGUUUCUUUUCCUUUUCUUUGGUUAUGAUUACCUUUGUCAUUUGUCACUCCUCUCUUCUACCAAUUAGCUCAUCGUGCAGUUUAUUUCUCUCCGUUUUACAGGUCCUGUUGGCUACUAAUGUUGGCGAUCUGGUAUGCCUAAAAAUUGGUGAUGGGUUUUUGGAGGAAAUAAAAAGUGUUAAGUCGGGUUGUUGUGUCUCGUGCCCGGACAUAAACCCAAUUGAUGACAAAGCAAACUCUAGUAGUUUUGCAGCAGUUAGAAUGUGGGAAGACAGAAGUGUCGACAUAUAUUCACUUCCCGGGUUGGAUCUCAUUAAAAUGGAAAAGUUAGGAGGGGAGAUAAUUCCUCGUUCUGUUCUAAUGUGUUCCUUCGAAAGGGUAUGUCCUCUUAUCUUUAUAGCAACCCUUUAUGCCUCAACACAGUAUUUUCUUUUUGGGGAAUGACAAGCAUGGGCAUUGGGUUCAAAUCUGGGGCUGCCUUGUGCGGAAUCCAGGGAUACAACUGGGCUAUAGGUGGGGUACCCUGUGGUCUUUUUUUAUGAGGCACUUUUUAUCGGCUUUCUUAGCAGGUUUCUUCAGAAAGGAAGUUAAUGACUGGUUAUGAUAGUUUUUAAUGCUAUAGGCUCAUAGCCAAACAUGAGUGAUCAUUUGCACAUUCGUUAAUUUUGCUCUAGAAUCAUGCUAGCGUCCUUGGAAGUCCAUCCCAAAACGCAUGUUGAGAUACAUAAGCCUUAAACAUCUGUGUAUAACUGAGCUUCCUCAAGUAUUUCUGAGUUUCAGUUGUCUCCUCAGGCUAACUAAACUUCUUUUUUAAUCGGUAUUCCUUUAGAAUAGCUAUACUGUUGCCCAGUCGUCUUUUAUAAUUUCCAAUACUGCUUCACGUUUCGUUACUAUAUUAGCCUAAUUAACUCCUUUUUGGUUCCACCCUUUUUUUCUCAGUCAACCUUCGAGUCAAAGACCAGAAGUCAUUUACAUUGUUAUCUGUCCUUUUCUACAAGAAUUUGCGAUCCCCAUUUGAAAAGGAAAAAAAAAGUAAAUUAAGAUAAGGAGGAUUAUUUUAAAAGGCGAUGAGAGAGUUGAAAUAUGCAUAUUUUCAGCACCGCUACCGAAUUUUGUUUCCUAACAUAUUUUUGUAUCUCUUCCCCUCUUAUAAAGAAAAUAUAUUCUUGUUUUCUCUCACUCUUAGCUAAUACCUUUUCACCGACAUUGCUGUGUCUGUAUGCUAAUAAGAUAAAAGACAUGAGAGUACAAAAAGUUUUCCGUUUACCUUUUAUGAGAUGACAUAUGGUUGAGGCAGAAAAUUGACUUCCUCAUGCAUUUUAGAUGGAAUUCUAGUGGGUAUGGUUGAAUGAGGUGCAAGUGUCAUUUUGGGGUAUAACUGAGAGCUAACAAAAUUAUCCCAUCAUAAAAAUAGCUGGAUGAAUUAUGACGAGACAUCCUCCUCUAUAGCUUUAGAUCAAAAUAACUGCCUGAAAGUAUAAGUGCAAACUGGCUUUCUUAUCACACUUUAUUGUAUAAGUAUAUGCCCGCCAAAGGAAAAGAUGACUUAGAAAGCAGAAGUAAAAAGAUAUGACUUACCUCAUGGUCCUUAUUAGAGAAGCAAAUAAAUAAAUAAAUAAAAUAAUAUGUCAGUUACCUCAUGCUUUCCCUCUCUUUCUGUAGUACUUGAUUUCCAAUGAUAGCAUCUGCAUUGUAUAUAAAAGAUGAUGACUAGACUUCCGAUGGUUAAAAACAUUUAUCUGAGGA